AAGUGGAAGAGAUCUUGUGUUAUUGAUGAACAAUCCAGUGUUUCAGUUCAUUUCUAACUAAGCUUUACAUAGACUGAUCUUUAGAAUUUUAGUCUUCUCAGUACGUUUAUUUGGGAUUUUUUUUCCUCAUUCCGUUCUUCAUGACUGUGCUGGCCUUAAGGGCAUGCAUUCUCGACGUGUGAAUAUCGUGUCAACAAAUCGUUUUCUGUUACAGAUCCACAGUCUAUCCGUGCAUUAAUCCAUAAUACAGCCACGUUAAAGCUCCUAGCUCGUUUUCGAUCCCACGUGAGUAAAUGUCUGGAUGCUGAUUUCUAUCCGAAACGUGUUUUCAAAUAAAGCAGUGUGACGAGCCUAGCUGCUCCGCUUCACCACGUGCCGCACGUGCUGCUGCUCAGACUGCGUGUCUGAGUUCACGCGCAACUGCGCUGUUUUCGUUUCUGCCCAUUGUUAUGGCUUUUCUACCGAGGUGUGAAUUUUAAAGCGCAGAUUGUGUUUCCUAAGAACGAUCUUUCUUACAGGCUGUUUGUGUCACCGCUUUUGCUCAACAGCAAUAACGGCGUGUUGGGAAAUGAUGGUGAACAGCACGCUUUGUGUUUGUUAAACUCUUCACGCGCAGUGAACAUGCAGACACUGGGCACGCGUUACUUUAUUUACUACAGCUCAUAUUUCAUCAUGUCCAACUUGGAUGAAAUCAUAAGUCUUAAGUGGAUAUUUAAACUCCCCUGCUGGUUGAUUUCACUCUGGUCGAGGUUAGUUUAGAUUUCUGAGACUAAGGGAAAGGGGUGUUUUUGUUCAUCAGAGGCAGGUGCUAAGGGGCACCAUCUGUUUCUCUGGACAAGUAAAUUAGAGAUCAGGUUAUGGGGAUAAAUGUUUAUUUACAAAAAGCGUGUGAUCAGUGUGAUAAAUAUCACGGUAAACAUUUCUGAGUAAUUCUGUAUUGUCAAGUGACGUUAUACUUACAAUAAGGUUUUCACGGAGAAUUGUUCAUUCGAAUUAGAAAUAGAAAUAGAAUCAGAAUCAGGAGAGUCAUUGCCAGGUAUUCUAGCACAUACGAAGAGUUUGUUUUAAUCUUGUACGCUUCCAGUACAGAGACAACACCGCACAGACAGUAAAAAUAAGUGUUUGAGCCCUUGCACCAUCUUGAUUGUAUCUGUUUACGGAGAAUAAGAAGCAGAGGAAAUCAAUAAAGAUCGGAGGUCAACCUGGUUUAAGAUCAGUGAUGAGAGAGCCAGCAGUACAAGUCUGAGUGGAGACGCAAACAUUUGCGUGUUGUUUUUCAGACACUGACGAGCAAUCGGGUGCAGUAUCCAGCAACAGAUAAAUCUAAUAUCACAAUUAAUUAUGACUUACUACAACAGAGAACUGGUUAUGUACUACAUCAAGUACAAGCUCUCCCAGAGAAACUACCCCUGCAACCACAUUUGGCUCACAGAAAAUGCGAAUGGAACUGAAGGAGGCCAAGCGGAGGAAGGGAACACAGAGGGAGCGGCCGAACUGGAGACACCGACAUCGGUUGUUAAUGGCUCUGUAAACGGGACCGGUUCAGCAGGGACUCCUCCGCGAUCGCCGGCUUUGUCCCGCCAGGGGCAGGUGAACGACAUUGCGAGCCUUGAGGCAGUAAAGGAGGCUUUGCGUGACUCGGCCAACGAGUUUGAGCAGCGAUAUACCCGCGCCUUUAGUGACAUGUCGUCACAGUUGCAUAUCACUCCAGUCACUGUGUACCAGAGCUUUGCGAGUGUGAUGCACGAGGUGUUCCGCGACAGUGUCAACUGGGGGCGGAUCGUGGGCUUAUUUGUGUUCGGAGGUGCCCUCUGUGUCGAGUGUGUGGAAAAGGAGAUGAGUACGCUAGUGCCACGUAUCGCAGAGUGGAUGACCAUCUACCUGGACACCAACAUCCAGCCCUGGAUCCAAGAGCAAGGAGGAUGGGAGCGCUUUGCAGAAAUCUAUGGGAGUGAUUCAGCAGCAGAGAGCAAAAAGUUACAGGAAAGGGGCAAGUGGCUGCUGGCAGGGCUGGCGCUGGUGAUGGCGGUGGCUUUGGGCUCCUUCUUCGCUCAGAGGCGCCUGUAAAGAUUACUGAAGAACAGCAUCGGCCUCCACCCAGUAUACACCUCAAACAUACAUGAAGGAACUUUUACCGAGCAAAAUUUGGUUUUGUUUUGUUUUGUUUUGUACUUGUUUUGUUUUUCUUUGCCAAGCAUUGUCAUGUUUACACCCUAACUCCACCUCCUCCAACUCCUCUUGCGGUGCAUUGUGGGCCGUGUGAGUGGCCCAAGCACAACUGUAAACUUAUAAUAUACACAGUCCCAACCUGGUGAAACACGACUUUCUGGCCCAAAAACAGUGAUGUUGCUCAAUAUCAUGACUUGCAUUACUUAAGUCACUUUUUUUUAAAAUUGAUUUUCAAAGACUUUCCAAACGGAUCAGCUUAUUUCUGUUUGUUCUGAGUUUAACUAAAACUCAUCAUUUACUGCUUUAGUCUUUUAAAAAAUAUUUACACAUUAUUAUUUUAUCUUCAAAGAUGACAGCAAGUAGCAAUGAUACAGAGCUUUUUUGAGAGGGGAGUUUAAGUGAAGCUACUACUCACAGGUUCUAAAUGGAAUCUCAGUCAUGCUUGUAAAAUAAACUAGCAGACAUGUUGAAAAUCUUGCACUACAGUUCAAGCCCUUUUUGAGUCCACCGUGGGAGCUUUUCCCAUGUGGGGUCUUUACCAGUACGCGACAAUGAUGGGACAGAUUUUUGCCUAACCCAUGUGGUCAACUUUGAAGAUAAAUUCUGGAUAAUUCUGUAGUUUAAUGUAGAGUUCCAGGCUUUAUGUCCAAAACAUGCCCAGAAACGACGUGUGGGAUUUAUGAUGAGGGUCAGAAGCUUUUCAUUUUUCUAGAUUACCAAGUGCUCACCGAGAUACUGUGUGAGCCUGUUCUGAUUAAAGAGCAAUUCAGUUAAAUUUCAUUGUGUGUUUCUUUAUGUUCAUUAUUAAACCUAAAUUGGUUGAAAUUGGUGGUAACUUUCUUUACACCUUUGGGAGUAUUGUAAUGAGAGCUAGAGCUGGCCCUUUCCUCUCUGUUAUUGUUGCCACACUGCAUCAUAAAAGCGUAAUGUGUAAUUGACUAAACUUAGAUUAAAACGCAUCUCGACAAGAGUCCACUGUGUCUUGUGUGGUUUUGAUGGUGGUCUAUGUUAUACUUGGCUUUAAAAGUUGAGAACACCAUCAGAGCAGGUUGUAGAUGAGAUGCUUAGUUGAGUCUAGCUUACUUUAGUUCUAAUUAAUUUAUCAGCCAGUGAUUUCUAGUAAUUCUUGAAAUGCUAUUUUUCUGUGUGUGUUAGUGAGUCGGUGGGUGCUUCUAGUGUAAGUGUACGUCCUUGAUUAUUUACAGCGAAGAGUGUUUUAUUUUGCUAUUUAAAAAAGAAUGAAUGUUUCACAUUGCUUUCUAGCAUUUAGCCCAGAUUUGCUUGAAAUCUUAACAGCAUUACCAUCUACUGUGCACUAACGUGCUAUAAAGGAGUUGAAGGUGUACAUGGAAUGAGAAAUGUCUGCUGAAAUCUCUAUUAAAAAUGUAUAAAUCUGAA